CAUUUUACAUAGUGAUAUUGAGGAUGAUAAAAAACCGCCAAAAAUUGAAGUGCCUGGUGUUAAAUUAAGCCCAAGUCAUCCAAGCUAAUAUUACUGAUAUUAUGUUUCCCAGCUAGUUGGCGCCCCUUGUAUUUUUAAUUCAUUUCAAUCAUUAUACAAAUACGAGAAAGCGUGAGUGCAGAAGAAAACUUGUUGUUGCUGUUGUUCAAUCACCCAUUAUCACUUUACAACUUGCAGUGCGAGGUACAGCUUAAUUGACAAACGCUGAAACCAAGCGAGAUUCUCUGGAACACCGGAAAGCAGAGGUGUUUGUUUCCUUGAAAGGUCAAAGGGAAGUUUGGAAGGCGGAACAGCCCCGGAAUAACAAGAUGAACUACACCACCGCAAAUCAGUCUAUUGAGGAAGAACCCUUGUUCGGUUUCGAGCCCACCUUCGUGUAUCCAGUCGCCACUUGUUACAUAUUGAUCGUAGCAGUAGCAAUCGUUGGAAACCUUUUGGUUUGUUACGCUAUACUUGCCAAUAGAAACCUCCGCCACAAUCCAACAAACCUGUUGCUUUUGUCUCUGGCUGUCUCAGAUCUUCUCACCGUCACGCUGGCCGUUCCAUUUGACAUAGAGGGACUUUUUCUGAAUGGGGUUUGGAAACACGGAAAAGCGAUGUGCAUCACGUGGACUAUGGUGUACCUCAUCGCUGUGCCCACCUCGAUUUUGACCCUUUUGGCCAUCAGCGUGGAUCGCUACAAGACCCUCAGCGAUCCUCUUGGUCGGUUUCGGCGUUCGGAGUUCUUGACUCCCAACAGGGCGUUAAUCGUGAUCUUAAUUCUCUGGCUUUACAGUAUCUUCUGGGCCUUUCUUGGCAUGGGAUGGUUAGAAAAAGGUGAAGAGCCGAUAUACAAGGGCAGCUGUAUGUUACCGCUCACCANCACAAGUGGUUUUCCGAUGAAAAAGCCUUCCAAAGAAGAUAACAGGCGGUAUUUGAAAAACCUCAAAGCGGCCAAAACGACUGCAAUGUUUGUGAUGGCCUUCUUCAUCUGCUGGAUACCGUAUUCUAUUUUCAGCAUCGCCGCGAAUCUUGACGGCGAUAAUUGGGAAGAAUUUCCUUUCAAAGUUUACGUAGUGUUGUUGAUGCUCGGCUACCUUAACUCGGCGCUAAAUCCCUUUCUGUUCGCCUUCCGAAAUAGGCGCUUUAAAGCUGUGUAUGCCAAGCUGUUUCGCUUUUCGCUCCAAACGAAUCCAUCGUUACGCCGGCGUUCAACCUUUUCCCAGAGCACUAGUUGCUCUGAGAUUCCAGAAAACAAUGACAACAAGGUUGUUCGUCUGCAGUCGAUAAAAGCCAAACGGGAAUCUCCUAAAUGCCGGCUAAAAAAGUCCAGAAACCAGGAAAAAGACCCAGGCUAACGUGUGAUAGAGGUAACGAGGGGUUAGGUUUACUUCAAGGGAACAAAUCAUAUUUUUGGGGAUUAAUUUGAGGAAACCAAGAAUAUCUCUACCAUUAAAGAGGACUUUGACAGAAAUUUUUGGAAACAGUGGAUUUUAUUAAUUGGAAACAAGGGAGCAAAAGUAAAAAUUUUCUCAGGAUCAAGGCAACCUGCUACCCCCUCCCUACGCGGGGCAGCUAGGCCCUUAGUGGCUGUCUUCGCCUAACUGCGCGAACACCCUGGGAACGAUAUUGUACCGUGGUUAAAAAAAGGUUCGCGGGUCCAACUUGUCUCAUAUUGGGAUAUAUGGUCAUAUGUAGAUAACAUAAGUUACAUAGUUUUGGAUUUCUGUAGCAAAAUAAAAAGGCCUGUGUCAUUACUGAACUUUUAUCUCUCCAGAGUCAUCAUUUGUAGUAAUUUAACAGAAAUAACGAGGUGAAAAUCACAGUUUCAUUGAUGUCAAUUUCCUAUUCUGCCGAACUAUACCUUAAAAACUUGAGUCUGUUUAUUCAACAG